UUACCUUCGUCUACGCGGCGGUAGGCUACAUGCUUUAUGGAUGGGGAGCGCAUUUUGGCAUGCAUUGGAUCACUAUUGCGAUAGGCCUGGGCUGCAUGAUUGCGCACCAGGUAUCUGCCUGCUCUGUAGCCACUGCAUAUGCCAUGGAGUGUUUUCCGGGAAUAUCUGGGGAGUUGGUGGUGGUUCUCUCGAUAUGUUCAUCUGUGAUCAACUUCCCACUCUCCUUCACGGUGCAGCAGGUUGUCGAUAUGAUAGGGUUUGGAUAUGCGUUUGUGUUUUAUGGGUUCUGCGUGCUGGCGUCCAUGGCCGCCGCGAUCCCCGCGGUCUUGUAUGGAAAGUCAUGGCGUCGUCGAGCUGCUCCAAAAUGGAAGAAAUGGCUUGCAGAAAGAGACCACAUCGACUAACUUCUCCCCUUGCCUGGUGUGUGUAUUUUUCAAGCGAGAUACUUUGCAAACAUGAUUCUUCUAUCAGGGUCAACGACGUCAAACGACUUUGGCGUCUCGAGGUCGCGGCGAUUCUAUUAGUUUGUGGGGAAAUUAAGGUUGCUUACUAUCCAGAUAUUCCAUUUUCAUUGGUCAGUGUCUGAAAUUAUGACGGCAAUGACUGGAUGACGCAUUAGCUUACAUAAUAUUAGACCAAUAAACAUUUUUUAAGUUCGCGAUAUAAAAUGCGUCUCGACCAACCAUCCUCCUUUCUUCUCGGACUCCACUUCCAUGCAUCCACAUUAUUGCCUAAUUAGGAAAUGAUCUAUCUGCAUCAACAUCUACAUCUAUAUCAACAUCGACAAUCUUCAUAUACAUUGGCGUCCUUCUAUAUAUAAGACAUGGACGCAGAAUCUACACAGGAAUUCUUGGAGGAGAAAGAUCUCGUGUUGAGCAGAAGAGCGUCUUUAGAAGAAGCACGAGCAGCACGCAGACAGGCAGAGUAUGGCUCUGACAAGUACUGGGAGUUGCUGAGGGAUGUACUCGAAAAAUCAGCGGCUCUGUCUGAACUGGCAUGGAACCUAAGUGAAAGAUUACUAACCCUCCGUGACUGCAACGAGGAGGAUCAGCUUGGCUAUAUACGGAGCGACAGCGCAUUCCUUUAUCACAGGGAGCGCCUAAAUGCGCAGUUCCAGAUCACCGAUAAGAGACAACUAAUGUAUCCCGGGAGAGAAAGGGGGAUGUCACCGUCCCUAAAACCGAAUAUCUGCCCUUACCAACAACGAAUUUUCAUCGAGCGGGUAAUAAACACCAAGGAUGAACCAAAAUGUCCACGCUGGUCGUUUGUGAGGGAUGUCAGGGUGGCCUACGGUAAAGCCACGUUCAUGGGGCAGUCGGCGCGCUGGUGCUGGUGUACAAUAAGGGAUAGACAGGUCUCGCCAACCGACCUCAGAGCGGUGGAAAUCUUCCCGCACUCGCUGGGUCAGCAGUGGAUGACCUAUAUUUUUGGACCAGAAGCAAGGGGAAAACUAUACACUGUUGGUAAUGGCCUCUUGCUGCCACCAAAUCUGGCUGAGCAGUUCAGUCAGUAUCGAGUCACGUUAGCACCCACCAACCAUAGGUGGAACGACAACAGUGACCCAUGGACAUGGAAACUCGUGAUAGUUGACCGGAAGGGCCUCUGGAACGAGCUCACGGACUGCGGAAUGUGCUAUGGUGACCUCCAUAAUAGAAGCAUACCCUUUCAAGACGCGGUGCGCCCCAACGGCAAAUUUCUGUUCUUCCACUACCUAUGUGCGAUGCUGCUUCAGGCACGCCGAGACGAGGAAUAUGGUACCAUGCUCAAUGAAGUGGGCCUAGAGGACGCCUGGACGGACGAGGGGAGAGUGCACAGUGGCCCCUAUAUCAGGGACACGGUGUUAGGAGGCUUCAUCGAGCAGUUUGAUGAGUCUGGUGUCUCGCCGAUCUUCAGAACGAAGAUUAUGGCGCACUUCAGGCCCACAGAUGACACGGAGGAGGAGACCGUGAACGUGCUGGCCGACAUUGACCCCCAAGCUGAGAUGGCCGAGGACAGCGAGAGUGAGGAGGAAGCGACCGAGUAUCUAGACGAGAUGAUAAAAACGUUUUGGGGGAAUUAACCAUGAGCACCCAGACAACGCUCCCAACCGGAGACUGGGAGUUCUGUGGGCGAAUGUCUGGUGUGAUAUAAGUUAGCUAGCUUUCCUAACCAGAGCUUGACAACGACCCCUGGUGCUUAACUUAUAGCUAAGUAGCUCCAUAGUUAUGAUAUCAUCGUUACCAGACAGAGUUGACUUCCACACUUCCCGUCUACCCCGUCGCCAUGCAUGUAAACCAGCUAGCGCACCAGCUUAUGCUCGACUAACGAAGCCUGUCCAUGCGCAUCCUGUGGCUGAAGAAACCGAACGUGUCGCCACUCGUACGAUGCAUCACUGCUGGGCCCCUGCUUGCUUCUUACCAGCCACGCUGCUGCUCUGCUACGAUCGCUUCGCAGCCAGCCAGGAUGAACAAAGCUCGUAUCAGAUCCAGAGCAGAGAAAAAGCAAAGGGCCAGACAGUAUUGACACUCCAUACCCUCUGUAGCAGUACUCCGGAGUAGCCAAACCUGUGGCGAGCCAUGUCCCGGGUCCUUGUCCAU